CACACUGAAGUCAGCCCGGACUGAAAACCUUUUUAUUGAUUUGUGUCGGAAAUUAAAGGAUAACUUGGAUUAGGAGCACCAUGAGCGGCUAUCGAGGCAUCGGUGGCGGCGGGUUUCCCUACCGAAAGACCGCCACAUCUGGAUCCAACAUGAAUGCAGUUCCACCACCGCCGACGCUUAAUUCCCGGGGCUACCGCGGAGGAGUGACUCCUUCCACUGCCCGGGGCGGCGGAACGGCGGGAAGCACCACAUCCAAGCACGGAUAUACCACGCUGGACUCCAUAAGUCAAUAUACAAACUCCACGAACUUUGUGGGAAAGAGGAAACAACACUCAGAGGACGAUUACUUCGACGACGACGACGAACCCGCUCAUAAGGAGCUGGAACAGGCCUACAUACCAGCGCCUGGGUCCCCGGGAGCCCCACCACCACAAGCUAACAAGAAGGAUGAGUCUGAUUCCGAUGAGGACCCAUUGGAGCAAUUCAUGGCCGGCAUAAACCAGCAAGUGGAGAAGGAGAAGCGCCAAAACCAUCCGAAGGUCCAGGAGAAAGCAGUGCGUCAUGACAUAGACGACGAGGACGAUGAGGAAAGCUACUACCGCUACAUGGAGGAGAAUCCCAAUGCGGGAUUGCGGGACGAGGGCUCAGAUCAGGAGGUGGAGUACGACGAGGAUGGAAAUCCGAUAGCUCCGCCCAAAAAGAAAGACAUUGAUCCUUUGCCGCCAAUCUAUCAUUCUGAAAUUGAAUACGAUUCCUUCGAGAAGAAUUUCUACACGGAACACGAGGACAUUGCGGCUUUGGACGAAGAGAAGGUCAGGGACCUGCGGCGGACAUUGGGUGUAAAGGUCACUGGGCCCUCGCCACCCAAGCCGGUGACUUCGUUUGGUCACUUUGGCUUUGAUGAGCCCCUCUUGAAGGCCGUGAGAAAGGCGGAGUACACUCAACCCACUCCCAUUCAGGCCCAGGCUGUACCCACCGCGUUAUCCGGCAGGGAUAUAAUUGGCAUAGCCAAGACGGGCUCUGGAAAAACGGCAGCUUUCAUUUGGCCCUUGCUCAUGCAUUUAAUGGACCAAAAGGAGCUCCAGCCAGGCGACGGACCAAUUGGCCUCAUCUUGGCCCCCACUCGUGAACUCUCGCUGCAAAUCUACAACGAAGCCAAAAAGUUCGGCAAGGUCUACAACCUGAACGUGGUCUGCUGCUACGGAGGCGGCUCCAAGUGGGAGCAAAGCAAAGCCCUCGAGCAGGGAGCCGAAAUUGUGGUGGCCACGCCGGGCCGAAUGAUAGACAUGGUCAAGAUGAAGGCAACCAACUUGAAGAGGGUAACGUUUUUGGUUCUCGACGAAGCCGAUCGGAUGUUCCACAUGGGCUUCGAGCCCCAGGUGCGCUCCAUUUGCAACCACGUCCGCCCCGACCGACAAACCCUCCUGUUCUCCGCCACCUUCAAGAAACGGAUUGAACGCCUUGCCAGAGAUGUUCUCACCGAUCCGGUGCGAAUCGUCCAGGGAGAUCUAAACGAAGCCAACCAGGACAUCACCCAGUCCGUUUUCGUUUUCCCUAAUCCUCUGCAGAAGUGGAACUGGCUGCUGUGCCACCUGGUCAAGUUCCUUUCCGAGGGAAGUGUCCUGAUCUUCGUGACCAAAAAGGCGGAUGCCGAAACAGUGGCCAAUAACUUGCUGGUGAAGGAGUACAACUGCCUACUGCUCCAUGGCGACAUGGACCAGGCGGAUAGGAACAAAGUCAUCACACAAUUCAAGAAGAAGGAGUGCGACAUUCUGGUGGCCACCGAUGUCGCAGCCAGAGGUCUGGACAUACCCCACAUCAGAAAUGUUGUAAACUACGAUAUCGCCAGGGAUAUUGAUACGCACACCCAUCGAAUUGGAAGAACGGGAAGAGCUGGGGAGAAGGGCAAUGCCUUCACCCUGGUCACCGACAAGGACAAGGAGUUCGCUGGUCAUCUGGUGCGGAAUCUGGAGGGAGCGGACCAACAGGUGCCGGAGGAUCUAAUGGAGUUGGCCAUGAAGAGCUCCUGGUUCCGUAGUUCUCGAUUCAAGCAGGGCAAAGGCAGAAAGCCGGCGAAUACCUACACCGGCUUGGGAUAUCGGGAACGUGGAAACGGACCUAGACCAGAAUCAGGAUCCGGAUCAAGCGGACCAAGUACUGCCAGCGCUGCAGGAGGAGAAGGCCCUUCCAGUAAGCCCAGUUCGGGCUCAGGACCAGCCACAGAUCGGUACGCGGCCAUGAGGGAGGCGUUCAGGUCGCAGUACAACUCCCAGUUUCGAGCGUCCAGCGAUCGCACAUGGGAGAAGACUUUGCCCGAACAAGGGGUAUUCGCCGCGCCCAAGGCACCAUCAUCAACAGGCUCCUCCCAGGGGGCUGCCUCCGCCACGUCCGGUUCGUCUGGAAGCCAAGACUCAAAAAGGGCCAAAAAAAGCCGCUGGAAUUAAACAGAUACAUAUUUUGAAGAAAACUAACGAUUAUAUUUUUAUUUCUCGUUCAUAUUAUUUAAUGUGUAUUUGCUUUUGUUCCAUCAUUUAAAAUUACAUCUUAUGAACUAAAUUUAAACAUAUAUAUAUAUAUAUUUUUAUAUAUAUAAUCAGAUAUAUACGAUGUUCAUUCAUAAAUGUUACGUUAGUUAAAUACUCGUAUGUACAAUUCUCUUCCUCCGCAGCCAGAUUCGGAUCCGAACUCAAGAUCCGAUCGAUCGAUCCAAAUCCCACUGAUCCAAAUAAAAAUCAUCUAAUCUGUAAUCUUGGUUAUGUGUAUUUUAUUUUGAAUAAAAUCACAUUUGCGCAUCCAUA